AUGAAGUUCGGUACCCUUGCUGUUUAUCUUUCCGCCAUGGUUGGAGCCUCCGUUGCUGCCACCAUCAAUGAACGUCAGGCGCCUCCUGCGCCGCCGGGCCCGGCACCCCCCAACCCCAAGGUCAUUCCCGUCCUUGUCGGCAGUCCGACCCGCGAGAAGUCACUCUUGUUCUAUCCUGAGAUCGUCAAGGCGAACCCUGGCGACAUCGUCCAGUUCCAGUUCUGGCCCAACAACCACUCCGUCACCCAGGCCGCUAACCCCCAGGCGCCAUGCGUACCCCUCCAAGAUCAAAACCCGAACGCCGUCCACUCUGGCUUCAUCCCCGGCGUUACUGAUGGGUCUCCCAUCGGCACUUUCAACGUGCAGGUCGAGAACACUGAGCCGAUGCUCAUGUACUGCGCCCAGGGCAUGCACUGCCAGCUGGGCAUGGUCAUGAUCAUCAACCCUAAGGCGGAUGCGGAUGUGCAAGCCUACAGGCAGGCCGCUGGACAGUCGCAGACGAACGUCCCGGCCAAGAACGUUGCUGGCGGCUCUGCGGGCAGGAUCCCCUCCAAUUUGGCUGUUCCUCCCGUUGUGUAA